AUGGCAAAACCAAGUUGUUUACUCUAUCUUUCUGCAACUUUUUGUCUUCUAAGUGUCGUCUCUGUUUCGUUGGCAGCACCAACAACAGAGUCCUCAGUGUAUAGCGCUUUCCUUCAGUGCUUCACAAGACUCACAAAUUCUUCAACUCAAGUCUCCAACAUAGUCAUUCCUCGAACCAAUCCUUCCUUUCCCACCGUUCUCCAAGAUUACAUUCGCAAUUCCCGGUUCAACACAACCUCGGCCCCAAAACCGUUAAUCAUUGUAACUCCUUUGCAAAAAUCCCAUGUCCAAGGUUCUGUCAUCUGCGCCAAAAGCAUAAGGGUUCAAAUCAAAAUCAGAAGCGGAGGCCAUGAUUACGAGGGUGUCUCCUAUGUCUCGGAUGAACCCUUUAUCAUCCUUGACAUGUUCAACCUGCGUAGUAUCUCUGUUGACAUCGAAAACGAGGUUGCUGUGGUUCAAGCUGGUGCCACUCUUGGAGAACUUUAUUAUAGGAUCUGGGAAAAGAGUAAAGUUCAUGGCUUUCCUGCAGGGGUGUGUCCCACUGUUGGUGUCGGUGGCCAUUUGAGUGGUGGGGGUUAUGGUAACAUGUUGAGAAAAUAUGGUUUAUCUGUUGAUUAUGUAAUUGAUGCUGAAAUUGUUGAUGUCAAUGGUAGGAUUCUUAAUAGGAAAUCUAUGGGUGAAGAUCUCUUUUGGGCUAUUAGAGGAGGUGGAGGAGCAAGUUUUGGUGUUAUAUUAUCAUACACUGUUAAAUUGGUUCCUGUUCCAGAAACUGUUACCUUUUUUAGAGUUGAGAAAGCUUUGGAACAGAAUGCCACUGAUCUUGUUGUCCAGUGGCAACAGGUUGCUCCAAAUACUGAUGAUAGGCUAUUCAUGAGGCUUCUUUUGCAGCCAGUGAGUUCCAAUGUUGUGAAGGGGAAGAAAACCGUGAGAGCCUCGGUUGUGGCUUUGUUUCUUGGAGGAGCUAAUGAACUUGUGUCGAUUCUGCAGAAGGAGUUUCCACUCCUUGGCCUGAAGAAGGAGAAUUGCACUGAGGUGAGUUGGAUUGAGUCUGUUAUUUGGUGGAAUGAUGAUGAGGCUUUCAAAAAUGGUGCCAAACCUGAGAUCCUCCUUGACAGGAAUCUCAACUCUGGAGGUUUUCUUAAGAGGAAAUCUGAUUAUGUGCAGAAACCUAUUUCCAAAGAUGGGUUGGAAUGGAUUUGGAAAAAGAUGAUUGCAUUGGGAAAAGUUGGGUUUGUUUUCAAUCCAUAUGGUGGAAAAAUGUCUCAGAUCCCAUCUGGUGCUACUCCAUUCCCUCACCGUGCUGGGAAUCUAUUCAAAAUGCAGUACUCUGUGAACUGGGAAGACCCAUCAGCUUCUGCAGCACAGAGUUUUAUAAAUCAGGCUAGAAGGCUUUACAGUUACAUGACCCCAUUUGUGUCCAAGAGUCCAAGAAGUGCCUUCUUAAAUUAUAGAGACCUUGAUAUUGGGGUCAAUGACUUUGGUGCAAAUAGUUAUCAAGAAGGGGUGGUUUAUGGGGCCAAGUACUUCAAUAACAAUUUCGAUAGGCUGGUGAAGAUUAAGACUGUUGUUGAUCCAGAUAACUUUUUCAGGAAUGAACAGAGUAUUCCAGUUCUUCCAGGCAAGGCAUAGAGCAUCAAAGACUGAAGUUUAUUGCUUAAUUGAC